AUGGAUCUCUCGAACAUCUUUCGCUUGGUCAAUUUGGCCAUCGGUGUUAUCAUGGUGCUCGGCGGGAUUUCGCAGUUCUUCUUUGAUCCAAAAUUCCGGAAUAUAAUCGUUGGCAUCUACGUUAUUCUUUUCGGAUUGGCUACUGGCGGCCUUGAAAUCGUCCCAAAUGUUCCGACCCAGAUCUCUAGACAUGCCUCGUUCAUGUUCUCGUUCAUCGGAAGAGGAAUCUUUUACAUCUUUGUGGGGUGCAUCAUCCUUGAGCACCAUGUCCUCCGCAUUGUUGCCGGCUCGAUCAUCGGAGUCGUAGGUGUCGCCUACGUCGCCCUCGAGUUCAUCCCCUCAAUCGAGCCACCGGCGAACAUGCGGGAGGCGGAACCUGCGUGGGGUGCGGAACAGAUUUAA